CAGCCAAUAUGAAAGAGUACAGAGCCCCUCAGGUCGAAGACGGCCUUGAGACCGACGACGUAACCAGCACAACAAAGCGCAAGAGAAGCAUCGAAACACCUGAAUUACAGGAGAAAGACUCAAAAGAGCUGAAGUCGCAGCGCCCGCGUAAAGCAGCCAAGUCUGGGAAACCGCCUGAAGCGGAAGAUGAUGAGGGCUAUGUUGACGAUGAGGGGGAGUUUGGCGAAGGGGAGAUAGAUGAGGAUAUGAGCGAGGAGGGUGACAAAGAGGGCAGCGAGGAAAAUAAAGAAGACGAAGAACGCGAGAACGGCCAUAAGAGCCAGGAUAAACCGCAACGGUCUCCAAAUAGGGAGAAGCUCGAGAAGACAAUUGAGAGAUUCGGCCGUGGCCCGCUGGAGGGAACAGCAAUCGAGGGUAAAGCGCUUAGCGGCUCACCAGAUACCAUUCUCGCCAUGCUCAUGGACGCAAUGUUGAAGUCGAAGCCAAUGUCGCACGGUCUCACAGACCGUACUCUCAAGAAGCUUGUCGAGGUUGGAUACCAUGAUAUUCAGAAACUAAGAAACGCCAGCUGGGAAGAGAGAGCCAUGGUAUUGAAGGACGGCGGAUAUAAUCGAUACAGAGAGCAGGGGUCAACGAACCUUGGAAGAUUGGUCGAGUUUGUGGACGAGAAAUAUGAGGGAGACCUUAACAAUCUUAUAAAGAAAGCUGGCUAUGAUCCUACGACAACGAGGCAGCUGAUCAAAGAAGUCCACGGCCUCGGGGACCUUGGAGUCGAGCUCUUCUUCAAUAACGUGCAAAGUGUCUGGCCCACUAUCGCUCCGUUUGUGGACUCCCGGAGCCUGAAGACCGCCGAGGAUGCUGGACUAGGGACAGAUCUGAACGCCAUCUAUGAAAGUCUAGGGAACGACUCCGUGAGGAUGUGCAAGUUGGCAAAUGCUCUGUCUGCUGCGAGGUUAGACAAGCGAGUCGGUGAUCUCGUGGCUAUUCGAUAGCCCUGCUUCGAG